CUCAGGGACUUUCAGCUUCAUCUGAACCUCAAACUUCAUCUCAUGUUUUCUCGUCUGAAGCGCAGAUUCUGAUUUUAAUACAGAAACACAGAAAUGUCUGCUAGAACUGCGUCACUCUGCUCCAAUUUCCUGUUUUUCAGCAUCGUUGUGUUUGUCUCAGCAGCCCAGAAAAUCAUCACAGCUGUGCCUGGACAGGACGUCACUCUGACAUGUCGAGGUCCAAAUAACGACAACAUCAGAUCUGCACACUGGAGCAGAGCUGGCCUGGGAGAUAAAUAUGUGCUUUUGUGUCAGGGUGGACAGUUUGUUCCAGAUCACCAGCAUCCAUCUUUUAAGAACCGGGUGGAUCUGCAGGACAGACAGAUGAAGGAUGGAGACGCGUCUUUGAUUCUAAGAAAUGUGUCGAUUGCUGAUAUUGGAACAUACGAGUGUCGUGUUUACGUGACAGAAAGACACUCAUGGGAGAUCAUCAGCAACACCACCCUUACUGUUGUUGUUUGUCCAGGUGAGUGAGUAGAGUUGAGUGUGUGUGAUCAGAGGUGAAGCUGCUUCCUGGUUGUUGAUGUGUGUUUGUUGUAUGGAUGAGCUGGUGGAUGUCAGAGGUAGACAGAUGUUUCUCCAGCUGUUGUCUUUGUGGCUGGUAGUCUAGAGUUGUAGAGCAGCAUUGUUUGGGUAA